AGUCAAGGCAGCACAGGGGCCGGGUGGAGGGUGGCUCGCUGGUUUGUUCCUGGGUCGCGUGGUCAGUGAUACCUCAGCGCAGCAAUGGCAGAACCGCAGCCUGCGUCCAGCGGCCUCACGGACGAGGCCGCCCUCAGUUGCUGCUCCGACGCGGACCCCAGCACAAAGGAUUUUCUAUUGCAGCAGACCAUGCUACGAAUUAAGGAUCCUAAGAAGUCAUUGGAUUUUUAUACUAGAGUUCUUGGAAUGACGUACAAUUGGGGCACUGAAGAUGAUGAAACCCAGAGUUACCAUAGUGGCAAUUCAGACCCUCGAGGAUUUGGUCACAUUGGAAUUGCUGUUCCUGAUGUACACGGUGCUUGUAAAAGAUUUGAAGAACUGGGAGUCAAAUUUGUGAAGAAACCUGAUGCUGGUAAAAUGAAAGGCCUGGCAUUUAUUCAAGAUCCUGAUGGCUACUGGAUUGAAAUUUUGAAUCCUAACAAAAUGGCAACUAUUAUGUAGUGCUGUGAAAAUGCUCCUUUGAGAUUUCAGUGAAGACAGAGAUUAAAAAGGAAACAAUGUGAUUCAAGAUAUUCAGAGACCAGGAGCGUCUAGGACUGAUGGAUCAUGGUUGCAAUUCAAAUUAUUUUUAAAUCCAUUUCCCUUUCCUAUUUCAGCUGGGUUUUUUUCACCUAACUGUUCAGUCACUCUGGUUUUAAAGUAAUGCUUUAUCUUAUGUCCUUGAAUAUAGUUGUAUAACUUUACUUUUUAGUUAAUAAUUAGAACAAUUCCCUUUAGAAGCUGUAUUUAUUUGCCGCCUUCUAUCUCCUAAAUAAUACUUCUCUUCAAGUCUGCCUUUCAAUCAUCAUUUUCCCAAAAAAAAGUAUUUAACAUGUUUUUGUUGUGGUUAUCUUCUGGGGUUUCAAUUCCUCAGAAAUAACUUUUCACAGUGGAAAGUAAAGAAUGUAAAAUGGGAAUGAAACUUCAUGUGUACUUCAAACAGUACAAAGUGUUUAUUUUACAAAAGAGCAGGUACUCGUGAGAGUAAUUCAGGAUCAUGCUGACAAGGUUACUGAAAAAAAAGCAGUUUCUUUUUAUUUAUAAAGUACAUUUAAAGUUCAAGGACUAGCCUCAUUUAAUUGGGAAUGGGAAGGGGGAAAGGAAUAAUAUUUAUUUACUGGGUACCCAGACACUAGGCUGUAACAUAUUUUAUCUCAUUUAAUACUUACAGCUCUCCCUAUAAGAAAGAAAGCAGGCUAAUCAUGUAAAAUAACUUUAGUGAAUUGAAGGCAAUAUAAAUAGGCUCAAGUAUUUAAGAUCUCAUCAUUUUUAGUAUUUAGAUCGUGCCUCAAAAUUAGUACCUCACAAUGCGUCCUCCACUAGCCUCCUGUUGCAGAAACCGUCAGUGGCUUUGUGCAUUGUGCUCUUGGCUCUCAAGCCUGAGUACCAUGGUGAGGGAAGAAGUAGAAGAAAUGUUUAGCACAAGACAGCUCUGGGGACCCCGUGUUAUUCCUGCUCAGGUAAUGCUUAUAUUAGUUGUGAAGAAUCCUCCCUACUCCAAGGUCUUCUUGAUGACAGUAGCCACAUGUAAUAAAUUAUGUUCAGUGAAAACUUAGUUAAUCAGAAAUCCGCUCCGUGGUCUUCCCUCCCAUGAUUGACAUUUGAUGGGUUUUUAAAAAUCAAAGUGAUUUUGGAAAUCUCUAAUGACCUGGAAAAUAAAAACAUCCAGUUUGUGGUUGACUGCAUUUGGAUUUUCUGUAGGCUCUAAUGGAAAACCUUUGGAUAGGCCAUGUAAACUGUGCUUGCACUGCUAGAAGCACUUUACAUUUCCUUUUUGGAUGAAAUGGAUUUAUGCUAGCAGUUUAAACAAACAACGGUACUUACAUACUGAAAUAAAAU